GCCCUCCCGACGCCAUUUUUCGGUCUCGUACUCGCACUACUAGUGGCUCGGAUGAGGGGGGGACAAGUAGAAACAAGGGAAAGUAUAAAAUAGAGAAUCGUUAAGCCGGAAUCCCUCGCGAGUGGUCAAGGGUUGCACGCGGGCGCUACAGCUUAACGCAGUAGCACCUGAGAUGCACGCGCAUGAAUCAAGCCGCUGCUCUGAAAUCAGUUUUUGUGUGAAGACGUGUUGCGGGCCGCCAUUUUUUUGCUGUGCUGCCUCUAAAGUCUGCUCCGACUCAAGAAAGGGGAUUGAAAACCGCACUUCCAUGACGCGUGCCUCACCAUAAGAACAAGGAGAUACAAAGUUUUCAUUUCGAGCCCUACCAGUGACGACUGGCAACCUUUGGCAGACAUGAGGAUUUGACAAAUGAAAAACUAAGGCCACCCUUUCCGCUCUCAUUACUGACACUGACUGGAGGAGACACAUUAGAAGAGAAGCCUGGUGUUUUCUCGGAAGGCGGAACAAAAAAGGGAAGCUUCAUUGAUCAUUUGUUGCUCCGGGCUCCGUCUGUGUUUUGUCGUAAGUUUGUUUUAAUAUAUCUCCCUUGACCACUCCAACAAUCUCUCUGCCAUUGACUGACUGGUGAAGACAGGAAACCACAGCAUGCUUCAAAGUUGGAUCGAGUCAGUCACAGCCUGUGUCUGAAAACGUCUGCUUGGUUUUUGUUUUUUUUGGGGUUUCGUGUUUUCCUUUUCAAAGCGAGGUCUCUGGAGCCUGCAGCGUUUGUGCAGCAGAGAUCUGCCUUCAACCUCACAGGGCGAAGAAUGCCCUGCCCUGCAUCUUCCAAAUCCCACACUUUGCUGUGAUUGGCCAAUCCCAACCACGCACGCUCCUUUAACUUAUUGUCUAGCCUGGCUUGUAAUAUAUAUAUAGAUUUUUUUCUUGUUUGUUGACUGAUAUAACUUAUUUUUGAACAGAAAUGUCAACUGCUCGGUUUGAGUCAUCUGAUCGGUCUGCGUGGUAUUUUGGACCCGUGUCACGACAAGAGGCACAGAAUAGGUUACAGGGACAGAGACAUGGCAUGUUUCUGGUUCGAGACUCGUCGACCUGCCCAGGCGACUACGUGCUGUCAGUAUCUGAAAACUCCAAAGUGUCUCACUAUAUUAUCAACUCUUUGCCCAGCAAGAGGUUUAAGAUAGGGGAUCAAGAAUUUGAGAACCUUCCUGCUCUACUGGAUUUCUACAAGAUCCACUACCUGGAUACAACCACGCUGAUAGAGCCAGCACCCAGGUACCCAAGCACAGUGACAUGUCCUAUCCAGCCCAUGGGUGGCCCCGAGGACAACCUAGAGUAUGUGCGGACUCUGUACGACUUUACUGGAAGCGAUGCAGAGGACCUACCCUUCAAGAAAGGGGAGAUCCUUAUCAUCCUGGAGAAGCCCGAGGAGCAGUGGUGGAGCGCCAAGAGUAAAGAAGGACGUGUCGGGAUGAUCCCCGUGCCCUACGUGGAGAAAUUGGUACGACCUUCCCCUCACCCUGGUCAGCCUUCCCAUGGAUCUCGCAACUCCAACAGCUAUGGAAUCCCUGAACCCUCCCACGCACUCGUCCACGCCUACGCCCAGCCACAGACGCCUACGCCAUUGCCCCCAGGAACACCUGGAGCAGUUAUCACCCCUCUACCAUCCAUGCAGAACGGCCCAGUCAUGGCAAAGGCAAUCCAGAAACGUGUGCCGUGCGCCUAUGACAAAACAGCUCUUGCUCUAGAGGUGGGUGACAUCGUCAAGGUGACACGGAUGAACAUCAGCGGUCAGUGGGAGGGAGAGGUGAACGGCCGAAGGGGCCUCUUCCCGUUCACCCACGUCAAAAUCAUAGACCCCCAGAAUCCAGACGAGAGUGACUGACCUUAGAGUCCAACUGGACCCUUUAGCCAGUAUCCACCUGUACCUGAAUGUGCUGGCUGCCUCCACCCUGUCCCGCCAGUGUCACCACGGUUACGUGCUUGCCUGCUUGUUGCGGUACAAUGAUAACGACCCCUCUGUUGUUGCCAACCGUCGCAAGGCUUUCUGACUGUUUACAGCUUUGGACAUUGGAUCCAAACUAAAACCAUGACCCCACUUCUGCCGGCUCUCCCUCCCUCUCUGUGUCUCGCUCAGUUCCAGUCUGGGCAGUGUUUUGAUUUUGCAUUUUAGUGUCCUUUUCAUUUCCAGAUCACUGGGCAUCAGUGUGAGUGUGUCUGUGUACGAGUGUGUAAAAGUGCAUGUGUGUGUGUGUGUGUUCUUGAUAAAUAUUCACCAUCACAUCUUCUUUUUUUUUUUAAUUUGACUCUCUGAAUAUGUGUUCUGUGUGAAGUCUUGGGGAAUCUGGAGCGUGUUGGUGUGUGUUUGUUUCGUUGAUGUAAGGACAUUGUACAAAGUAGGGAAACGCAACAUCCCUAUGGACUUGGGAGAGCACUGAGGCAACAAGGAACUAACCAGCCAGUCAAAUGUAAUUUCUCCAAACAAUCAAGUCACUGUUGUACCUUAACCAUCACGCAAUCACAGACACACACUGAUCAGCCAUGAGUGAUUCAAGCUGACAGGCUUUUGAUGUGUAUGUGAUGUGUGACUGGAGUCGGAAGCUGGAGUGAUGAUUUGCUCUUCAACCUGGCACAAGUCUGGCUGACAGAGUUAUUUAUCUUUUGUUAUAAGACAUGACAAGGCCAUAUGUUGGUUCAUCUGUUUCUUAUUUGUGCCACAUGAUCAACUAUAGUUCUCUUUCCUUUUUCGUUCCUUUUUUUUAUUUUGAUUUGUGACAUAGAAAACAUGUUUAGUAAAGGAGUAACUUAGCAUGUCCUCUUGGUUCCCCCUCUCAACUGUCUGCCACAUCAUCGUCAAUUAAACAGACAAUGCUUAGAGACUAGCAGGUCUGCAGUGCCAACAGCACCAAGCACUAGAAGAUAAAUUCCAGCUCUCUGCAGAGGAGUGCAAAGCUUAAAGGUGAAAUAAAAAGUCAAACAGCAACAGCAGUAGCCCUCGCCAGCACUUCCCACAAGCAUCUGACUACAAGGCUAGCUUAAAACGCAGUGUGGGCAUGACAACCGGAGGCUGUCCACUGAGGUGAGAUACACGCAUCUCAGUGGCAUAGGUCAGGAAAAGAGAGAUAUUUCAGCAAAGCCAAUGAGAUCCCAUCAAUGCCUUUCUCAGAGGGUGACACAAAUGCAUCUUUGAGCGCAUGCAAUACCCUCUCUGACUUUUCUGAUGUGAUGAUACCCACGCCGAGCUCGGAUUUCAGACCGCUUUAUUCCUUAAAUUCUGAUCAGUGCACAACUCCUGGUCUCUUUUAUGCAAACAGACUGUAUCGGAGUGGUGGAAAGCAUCUUUGUUCAUACUGAGCUGCAGGAGAGAGAGGGAUUUGAUGAGAAGCAGCUCAGAAUGGAAGAGUCGUGCAAACAGUACCGACCCCAGAGUUCUGCUGUAAAAAUGAACUAACCCCGUUUCCUUAAUGCUUCGGUUUGAAAUCAUUGAUUGGCCGGUCGCUCAGAGUUGUAUUGUGCAGCUUUUAGUUUCUUUUUUUUUUUUUUGAAAGGUUAUAUUCAGCUUUUUAAAGCAAGCUUCUUUUUUUUUUUUGUUAACAAGUGAUGUUAAAAAGUACCUAUGGUGACAUUUACAAAAGGGAAAAAUGCCUGCUGGUUGCCUCUGUGCAUGACCUCUUGGCCCAGGGAGAUGGUUCGACCUGGCCGAAUGCUGCUUAAUGUCAUUUGUUUCCGUAUUAAAUAAAGGUUUCUUUUAUUUGAAUCCCACCUGGUCUGUGCAAACAAACCAGGUGGGGUUUUUUCCUCAUCAAACAUAAUGAAAUCUACUAAUUAAGCAAUACACCCUGAUGAUUUCCUUUCUUGAGGUGAACUUGCUUCUCUCAUGCUUCUAAAUUGUUUUUGUAUUGGCAUUAACAGUAUUACUGUGCUCUCUUCUCAUAUUCUAGGAAAGCCUGUCUUUUACUUCAGAAUUGAAAAUUGUGCCUUUUAUUUUCUUAUACCAUUUACAUGUGUUAAUAUUUCCCAUGGUUAACACCUGUGCUGGUAUUGACCCUUUAUGUACAGAACAAGUAAAUAAAAUUUACGUCUACUUCUUUAA